AUGGACGAUGGCGAGGAAUUGACAGAACAGGAAACCACCCUUUAUGAUCGCCAAAUCCGAGUCUGGGGUGUCGAUACUCAACGAAGGUUGAGCAAAUCUCGCGUAUUUGUCAGUGGAAUCAAAGGUACCGUUGUUGAGUUUUGCAAGAAUAUUGUACUAGCAGGAGUAGGUAGUUUGACAGUAAAUGAUGAUCGUACGGUGACUGAGGAAUUGUUGUCUGCCAAUUUCUUAAUCCCUCCGGACGAGAAUGUGUAUAGUGGGAAAUCUAUUGCCGAGCUCUGUUGUGAUUCCUUGAAAGAUUUCAAUCCUAUGGUUCGUGUUUCGGUUCAAAAAGGUGAUUUGUUAAACUUUGAUGUGGAUUUCUUUGACAGGUUUGAUGUUGUAGUUGUCAGUUCUUGCUCACUUUCAACAAAAAUAUCAGUUAAUGAGAAGUGCCGCAGAUUGUCAAAACAGGUGAUUUUGCAGUGA